AUGCGUCUGAACGAGAAUCUGUCGGCCCCCGUGCAAGCCGAGUCCGCCCUACUCAAUCGUCGCCGCCGCCGUAAAUCACUGCCCUCGCGCAAUGGAAACACAGAUCCAACAUCACCUGAAGUCAUUUCCUCUCUCAUUUCCUCUCUUUCCACCAUAUCUGUGCCAUUAAAUUCGCACUUUGAUACCAUCCCCAAGAUCGACACCGACUCCGAUCCUGGUCUUCCAGAAGUACCAAAUACCGCGCCGGUUUACUCUAUCCUCCCGUCUGAACAACAUGGGUUUGGAAUGAGCUACGGGGCUUACAAGCCAGCUGCCGAACCUCCGGAGCCCCCACAGGCCCCAUUCCUGCACCCCGAUGAUGCAGCUUCGUCGCCUGUUAUUCGCAUGGCCAGAGCGCCUCCAUCACCAAAGUCCCCACGAUCCCCAAGAUUCAAACCCUUUAGAGCGACCGAGUCGACACGUCCGGCCUCCAGGGAAUCCUAUACAUCUUCCAUAGCCCAGGAGCCGUCAUCUUUCGGAACGAUCAGCACAGAACCCGGUCCCCGUGUGUCAACUACCCCGAGUAUCGCUUCGAAUAGUUCAGGUCGCGCGAAGAGUUUGAAGGGUCAAUUUGGUUUCUUGAAAAAAUCAUCCUCGCGCGAAUUUUCCAGUGAAAAAGAUCCACAAAUCGAGCGCUUACGAAGGACGACUAGCCAUAACGACGGGCUGCGACACAUCCCGCGCAGCCGUGCAAGCUUGCGCUCAUUGCAUUCCAUGGCGGAAGUAAACGAGAAUGCCCGUCCUGCGGACCUUCAGGAAGACCCAUAUGAAGAAAGAGUGGCCAACUCUCCACCCACUAAAGAUCACCAAGUGUUCCACACCCCGGAAGCCGGGAGCCCCGGUGGGAUCGGCAGUGGGAGACUCAUCCCCACCCGCGACUCAUCUCUGCGCCAUCGACAUAGCCAGUCCUCAGGAUCAAGAAAACACCGAUCUGCCCGUCACAGUAGAUACUCUUCCACAGCGAGCAAGGAGUCUACUGCAGACAAUGGGUUACCUGGAACGAGCAACGACGCCGAGCAGGUGACCAGACGCAUCCAAGAGUUGAAAGACCAGCAGCAGAAAAUUAAGACCGAGUUGGAUGCGGAUAAUAGUCCUGAUAGCUCGGCCAAGACGACGCCGGUGAAGCCAGUGAAACCAAAGGUCUCGAAAGCGUCGCGCGUACUAGGUCACGAUGUUAACCAGGCUAUCAUUCAUGAUGGGCCAGCCCGUGAUCAACGCCCACUGAAUGAGAGUGCUCCCUCGCCAUCUGUGAUGACAGGCAAGCUCCGCAGUGGAAACCGACCAGGCGCACCCCUUGUAUCAAAGCCUAACGGUUUACCGGUGUUGUCCAAGUCGUCUGCGGACAGACCUGAAUCCGAGAGAGCUCGAUACAGACAGUCCCUCGAGCCAAAUACACCGACUAAACAUCGUCGUACCCCAUCCGGUAACCUGUCGCAUUUGUCAAAUGGGCGUCCGUCAUAUAGCACCGAGCGGCCAUCAAGUGCGGAUUCAAUCGAUCUCGCUGUAGACGACUACAUGUUCUCUCCUAAGUUGACCCAGAGAGUCAUUCACCCGACGACUGGUCGUACUAUCGCGUUUUCCGAAGUCGGCGAUCCUAAGGGUCAUGUCGUGCUUUGCUGUGUCGGCAUGGGCCUCACCCGGUAUCUCAUGGCAUUCUAUGACGAAUUGGCUCGAACGCUCAAUCUCCGAUUGGUGACAUUAGAUCGCCCCGGCGUUGGCGAGAGCAGUCCACACCAGGUCGACGAGCCGAGCACCCCUCUCAGCUGGCCAGACGAUGUUGCCAUUGUGUGUAACUACCUCCGCGUAACCAAAUUCUCCAUCCUUGCCCAUUCUGCCGGAGCAAUCUACGCUCUCGCAACAGCGCUGCGGAUCCCACAACACAUUCGUGGUCGCAUCCACCUUCUAGCCCCAUGGAUCCCACCAUCUCAACUAUCAAUCAUCGGCUCCCAAAAAGACCCUGCACCCACCAACGCAGUCCCAUACUCCCAAAAGAUUCUCCGCGCUCUCCCAACCUCCCUUCUCAAAGUCGCAAACUCAAGCUUCAUGAGCGCAACCAGCGCAAGCCUCACAACCUCUCUCCCCAAAUCUCCCCGGCGAUCUAAACGUAAAGCCGCAAAAGAAGCAGUCAAUGCAAUCCCAACCCCAAUUGUUCCGCCCCUAGCUCCCAUCGAAACAAAUCUCAAUCGCGAAGACACGCUCCAAAAUCCCAAGCCAGCCCCCACAGCAUCCUACCGCAAAAGCGACGCAACGCUCGCAUCCCGCGCCAAGUCCCCAGAAGACGAAGUCGAGCGCCAACGCGACUAUGACACUCGUCUCACCUACAAAAUCUGGGAACGCGCAACCACAAACGCAAACCCCGCCGUCGACCUGCUCAUCUGUCUUGAGCGUCGACAAACAAUUGGGUUCCGCUACGUGGACAUCACACGCUCGGUCGUCAUUCACCACGGCCGCAAAGAUCCCCGUGUCCCGGUGGAGAAUGUGCAGUGGCUGGGCAAGACGAUGAGACGGUGUGAGGUGCGCAUUCUUGAAGGCGAAGGCCAUGGGCUAAUGGCUUCGGCUGGUGUGAUGGGGGGUAUUUUGACAGAGAUUGCUAAGGAGUGGGAGGAUUGGACGAUUCUUGUUCAGGGGAAACGUCGUGCGACUACUAAUCUUGCGCGACCGGGUUUGUCGAUUCAGACUUGA